UGAUAAUCGAAAGAGAAAGGAAACUUUUAUCGUGAAGGUAAUGCUUCUCAUUUCUGUUCAUUUUCAUUAAUUGGAAGAUUCUAAGUUCGUGGAUAAAUUUAGUUCAACUCUCUGAUUUUCUUUUGGAUUGUGAAACGUUUUUGUUUUCUCAUUUUCUUCUGUGACAAAACUCGAAUUGGAUAAUAUUAAGUGAACUCUUUUAAGCUGAGGAUUGUUUCCCAUUCUUCCCUUAGACUUUUGAAUGAAAAACGGUUAUUCGUUGGACUAAUAAAUUGCUGAUUUAUGUUCGUUGCAGCUUUUUUACGUAUAGUGGAAGGGAAUGAGAUCAAACAGUAUUGGGAAUAGUAUGGAAGGUGUCGGAGGGUUACCACCACCACCACCGCAAUCUCAUAUAUCGGAAUCAAUGCAUCAAACAUCGGCACCACUUCGUCAUGGAAUGGGUCCAUUGAACGCUUUAGGGGAAUCGCAUUCUUACAAUUAUCAGGAUAAAUCAGGAAAUUUUCUUCAAGGUAAACGAUUCAUGGGCUUUGAUUCAACAAAUGUUAUCGAGGAUCCAGCUUAUUGUGCUUAUUCACUCAAACUCAUCUCUGUGAUACUUAUAAUUACAAGUUUACCAUUUUCCUUAUUCUUCUGCAUUAAGGUUGUCCAAGAAUAUGAAAGAGCAGUUAUUUUCCGGUUAGGUCGUUUGGUAACCGGUGGUGCUCGAGGACCUGGUAUUUUCUUCAUCAUUCCUUGUAUUGAUACUUAUUCUAAGGUUGACCUAAGGACAGUUUCAUUUGAUGUUCCUCCUCAAGAGAUUUUAUCAAAAGAUUCUGUAACUGUGGCUGUCGAUGCUGUUGUUUAUUUCCGGAUCAGCAAUGCGAUCGCCUCAGUUUCCAAUGUUGAAGAUUACGCGAGAUCAACACGACUUUUGGCCGCAACAACGCUGAGAAAUGUUCUGGGUACUAAAAAUUUAUCAGAAAUUUUAUCCGAACGAGAAUCAAUUAGUCACAUGAUACAAUCGAGUUUGGAUGAAGCAACUGAUUCAUGGGGAGUUAAAGUGGAAAGAGUUGAAAUUAAGGAUGUUCGUUUACCUGUUCAACUGCAACGUGCUAUGGCCGCUGAGGCUGAAGCUGCACGAGAAGCUCGUGCCAAAGUGAUUGCUGCUGAAGGUGAACAACGAGCAUCUCGAGCAUUAAAAGAAGCUGCUGAAGUAAUUGCCGAUUCUCCUGCAGCAUUACAAUUGCGAUAUCUGCAAACUCUUAAUUCAAUAGCAGCGGAAAAAAAUUCAACCAUCGUUUUCCCCGUUCCUAUGGAGCUGUUCAGAGGGUUCGUGGUUGACACCGAUCAUAAGCAUAGUUCCCAUCGGCAUCAUUCCAAUCAGGAGACAAUUGAUUUUGGUUCAAACGAUGAUGAGAUUCUUGAAGGACGAGGAUUGGAAAGUGAAUGACAACUAAGGUUGGCCUCGAAUAGAUUAAAUCAUCGUCAUAAUCAAUCAACUAAUCAACCAGAAUUCAAUAUGGGUCAUGCAUUAAGAAGAUUCUCUCUGGCCCUUCCGAUUUUUCAACCUCGUCGACUUGUACCAACAACAUUUUCGACUAAACUAAACAAUUAAUAUACACAAAUCGCCAUCAAUCAAUUAAUUUUAAGAAAAUCAUCUUAAUCAAAACGCAUUUACAAAAAGAAAAUCAUUUCUAUUACAAUUACCAAGACUCUUCUCGUUGAUUGUUUGAUCGAUUAACAUUCCCCCCAAAGGUUAAUGGUGGACAAUUGAUUUUUUUGUUGUCACUGUUGUUUGUUUGAUCUUAAGUGAUAAUUAAUCACAGGGCCAAUAAUAAAUUGAUUCCAAUUAUGUAAA